AUGGGACCUCUACGGUCCUUUGGCCAGGGUGCUCAAAGUCUAGCGCCAUUUCGAGAGCUGAUAUCUGAUAUGCGGCGAAUUCGGCGCACCGGCUCUUCAAUAAAUACAGCUCAGCCGCUCGCAGCAAAUCACAAUGACCUGAAGGAAUCGAAUCUCCUCACGCGGCGACAAAGCAGCAAUAAUAACAACAACAAUGGCAUCAUUCCAGCGACAUAUCAGAACAACAAUUCGGGUCCCUCGCCGGGUGUCGUCGCCGGCAUCGUGCUCGGCUCCGUCGCGGGCUUUCUCCUCAUCGUCUGGCUUCUAAUCAUGCUGUUCAACAACCGCAGCACCUCCAUUACCGUUACGGAUAUUGAAGAGGUCCGACCGCGAAAGUCGCGCCGACGUCCAGAGACGAUUGAGAUUAAACAGUCCAGAAGACAGCCAAGACGGGUCGAUCGGGAACGAGUCAUUGUCGAAGAACGACAACCGCAACCGCCGCCGUCGCAGAUCAUUGUCGAAGAACGUGCUCCUCACCCUCCACCUCCUCCUCCACCGCCACAAGACGAUUUCGUCGAGGUUAUUGAAGAGCAUAGCGACUACAGUCCUACGCCGCGGAGAAGUCGCAGGCAUAGAGAAUCUGGAUUCAGACCGGUAGAUGCCGAUCUCUAUGCCGGAGGAAAUUAUCCUGUGGAGCCAAUGUACCCUCCUAGGCGAUCUCGGCGGUAA